AUGUUCAGCAUCUCGCUGCCUUCUCUACAGGGUCUGUGGCCUUCCAGGUCCGAGAAGGGCGUCGAUAUUGCGUCGGUGAAGAUUCACGACAUCCAAAAUGCACAGGAAAGACCCGCCAGCUCGUUAAGACACUUGUUGAAGCUGAACCAUGCGGACAACGCUGUACUUUAUAAUGGGCUACGAUCUCAGAACCAGAUGUCCCAUGUUUUGAGUUCCUCGUAUCUCCUGGGGGCAACCCAACACGAUCUGAAUCGGAUUUAUGAGGUUGCAGGCAAGGAUCUGGAGCACUGGGAAGAGUCACCCAGUGAAGUAUGCUCUUACGACUGGAGAGAUUUUCUCGGAAAGAGGAACUAUCAGCAGGCCUACAUCAACUUUUUCGACGAUGAGCUCGUACGGCUCGGAUACGACUGGAGGCAGGUCGUACACGACUAUCUACUCACAGGGGAAAAACCGUUGAUUAACUCGAUGAUGAGUGAUCUCGGCCACCCCAUCAUCCAUCUAGCGUAUGCGUAUGAGAUGUCGAGUCGCGAGAUGGCCACAGAAGCUCUAGGUCUUGCAGCCACCUGUUACAGUGACCUUCAUAAAUAUUUGGAGGACCCGUCCUACGUCCAGACGGAAGCCGCGUACCACUCAGCCUCGCUAUUUGAGAUUCUGGAACGCGUCCGAGCAGACAAGAGCUUCGACAAUCUCUCCGAUGGCCACGACGGCAACACCCUUGACAGCGUGUUCCAGGCGCGCGAGUCGGAGCUCCUCGGCCACUGGAAUGCAUGGAAGAUCGACGACCCCAUCAAGCAGUUCCGCGAGAGCCAAGAGCUUGCUGCUGCGCUGUUUGUCUCCACCACCCCCAAGGACAGCAAGACGGACACCUAUAGUCUCUUGCUUGUCCAUGUCCUGACGACAAGCCACGCCGUGCGCAUCCUCCUCCCCUUCCUCCCUGCCCGCUUCCAACUAUCUCUUGUCCGGCAGUGGCUGCUCGUCACCCUAGCCAUCUACAUCGCACAGCUCCGGCCACAAAUCGAUCUCGACAGCAUCCGUAGCUUCAACCUGGAGGGGCGGGACUGGAAAUCGGUCGCUUACACGGCUGUCCAGGGCGCGCAUGCCACUGAUCCCCAUUACCUCAAGGCAAUCCGCGCAUUAAGAGAAGCCGCCGACACAUGGGGGGAUCCAGACCAGUUCUACCUGAAGGCUGCCGUCCAGUUUGCACAUGAGUUCAGUGGAUGGUCUUGA